CGGGGCAGGCAAGUCAGCGAAGGGAGGAUCGGCCUCGCUGACUCGCCGGUGGAUGGAUAGUCGAGGAGGUCACAUACAAAUCUAGUGGUCGGACUGAUUCGCCUCGGAGAUGAGAGGACCCCGCACAAGAGCGCCUCGAGCCAUCGCCAUCGCCCGAGCGCACGCAAUCGAGACGAGGUGGGGGCCACGAGGUCGACCGUGAAUCGAUCGAUCGCUCGGUGGGUUCCAUGGCCCCACACUCUCGCAAUAUUUCAUCGGAUCUCAUGGGCGCCAGACCUCAAUCCGUAUCCGUUCUCCCGUCGCUGUCCCUCUGCCUGUGCCUGUCCCGUAUCAAGCCCAGACAUCCAUCAUCGCGCAUCGUUUCAUUCCCCGGACCCCAUAGCAAUUCGUCUACUGGGCACGAGGUGGAGGUGGUUGCCGAGUGUGCGAGGGUAGGUGGUUUCCAUGGGCGCUUUGCUACACGUGAACUAGAAGCAGAUCCAGCGGGCGGGCGGGUAGAUAGAUAGAUAGAUUAGAUAGAGGCCGAGGAAGUGAUCGAGGCCUUUUCUAUUCCGGGUGGAUUGCGGAUUUGGAGUAUCGAUAGCACGUUCGGGAUUCGCUGAGCUCCCGGUUAUCUCCCAGCUACUACUUCGGCGGUAGGAAUCUUCCUGUCGCGAAUGUGCUCCUGGAUGAGUGCACCGGUUUGGUGAGGAAGAUAAGAGCUCAACAUUGGCAGAAUUUUCCUGGAAGAGGGUGAGUUAGUUCGGCUGGGAAGAGAGUAGUCGCAGGAAAUUUUGUUGCUGGCAAACUCUUGCAGGGCCUCAAGGCGAUCUUUGGUGCUGUGGAGCACAGGAGGAGCACGGGUUUAAUAUUUCCAAUUGUGUGCUUCGAGUGUGGGAAUUUCUCGCUUAGGUGAAUGGAAGCAUGCACUCUGCGAAUGGCGACUCUUCUCCCGAAAGUAAAUGGUGGGUCCGGUUUUCUGGCCGGGGACGGGUCGUCGUCUAGACUGAUGCUGCAUGUGCAAGAGCAAGUGCGUUCGAUUUCGGGAGAUGCGAAGCUUGUGAAUUCAGUCCGUGCUCAGAGUCUCCCACCCCAAAGUAGGCCUUCCGCCGGUGCAGCUGCAACGAUUCUUCGUGAGGCAGUGCGGGAGACAAUUGUCAAGUCAAUUAGUCCCAAGCCGACGCAACCAGCCAGGGAGCUCACCAAUUUUCAGGGUCAGCUGGUACUCAUGCGUCAUGGAGAGAGCAUGUGGAACGACCUCAAACUCUUUACUGGGGAUGUUGACAUUCCUUUGACGGAGAAGGGGAUAAUGGAGGCACUGGCAGGUGGAAAGGCCGUCAGUGAAAUCGAUUUCGAUAUCAUAUUCACAAGUCGUCUCGGUCGUGCUAAACAAACGGCCCUGAUAGCAAUGACUCAGAACGCGUACAAGCGGGUGCCAGUGCUAGUUCGAGGCGGUUAUUACGGGAAGGGCAAAACAGGGGAUGACAACCGUCUAAGAUUACGUGAUGCUGCUGCAAAUGCGUUAGAACAUGCUUCAUGCAAGAUGGUUCCAGUGUAUGCAGAUCCAGCGCUAAAUGAACGCUGCUACGGUGAUCUGCAGGGCUUGAGCAAGGAGGCAGCUGUUAAAGAAUUCGGCGAGGACACUGUGAGGAAGUGGCGAAGAAGUCAUGACACCAGACCACCCAAUGGAGAAAGCUUGCAGGAUACGUUCAUUAGAUCAGUUCACUUCUUUCAGCAAACGAUAGAGCCGCGACUGAAGGAAGGGCGAAAUGUACUAGUUGUCGCUCACGGCAACGUCUUGAGAUGCAUCAUUUCGUACCUUUCUGGUCUCUCUGAUGAGGAGAUGCUUCGACUUCAGGUAGUUACAGCUUUGCCUUACGCCUACACAUACGACGGAAACUCGUUCGCAGAGUGUUGUGUCAUGCCUCCCAAUGAUCCGAAUACAAACCAUCCCAAGAAAGGUGUACCUCUGGGAAUUUCAUCUGUGCUAAAGAAGGGUGAGAUCGACUCCCUGAUAUGACAGCCAUCUUCAUCUGAGUGCACAAUCUUUAUUAUUCCACAGAACAGCUGGCAACUGUGAAUAGCUCUGAGCCUUUUCAUGUGGGACUGACGAUACGAGAAGAGUUUAAUGUAAAUGUAUCCGUAGAUGCCAGCUUCUCCCAAAUCUAGUGUAAGUUUGACUCCUUCGGAAAAUCGGGAGAUGUAACAGGACAAAUGUACAUAUGAUGGUAACAAUUGCCGGAGUAAAUGAAAAGCGUAAUCUACUCAACCACCAACGGUGUAAGACGUCCUCCUCCACGACAAGUGAAGGAAAAAGGGCGAAACAAGAGCCUUGUUGCAUUUAUCGAACAAUUACAACAUGGUUAU